AUGCGCCUUCUCCAGCUCCACGAUGACCAAGUGACUCUCACCAACGACCUGACCCACGAUCUUCCGCCCUAUGCAAUCUUGUCGCACACCUGGGGCGCUGAUAGUGAGGAGGUCACCUUUCAGGACCUGUCAGACAAGAGAGGGGAACACAAAACUGGUUACAAAAAGAUCUUGUUCUGUGGGCAGCAGGCCAGGCGCGACGGUCUCCAGCACUUCUGGGUAGACACCUGCUGCAUCGACAAGACGAGCUCCGCAGAGCUGACGGAAGCCAUCAACUCUAUGUUCCGAUGGUAUAGAUAUGCCAAGAUAUGUUAUGUGUACUUAUCAGAUGUGUCGACGGACGCUACUCAACCAUCAAGCCCCUGGUUACCUCAGUUCCACCGGAGUAGGUGGUUCACCCGUGGAUGGACGCUCCAAGAGCUUCUUGCACCCUUGUCGGUCAGCUUCUUCUCGGCCGAAGGAGAUUGUCUAGGUGACAAGGUAUCUCUGGAGAUGGAAAUACACAGCAUCACCAAGAUCAAGAUUGCUGCACUUCGCGGAACUCCACUGAGCCAGUUUCCAACCCACGAGCGAAUGGCCUGGUUCCAUGGUCGUCAAACUACAAAAGAAGAGGAUGCCGCGUAUUGUCUGCUUGGGAUAUUCGACGUGUUCCUACCCAUGAUCUAUGGGGAGGGUAGGGGAAACGCCAUGAGUCGGCUGCUAAAGGCUGUCGAAGAGAAGGCAAGCAGCCCGAGUAAGCUGUGCGUGACAGAUAUGGCAGCAGAGAUCAAGUCACUACAACAGCGAAAGGAUAGUUUACUUGCAGACUCGUACAAGUGGAUUCUUGGCAACCAACAAUACCAAGAAUUCACAGAGUGGCAGUCAGGCGACACGAAGACGCUUCUUUGGAUCAAGGGCGAUGCAGGCAAGGGAAAGACAAUGCUUCUCAUCGGUAUUGUCGACGAACUUACGACCCAACUGGAUACGCUCUUUGACAAGUCCCAUCUGUCAUAUUUCUUUUGCCAGGGAACAGACAACAGGCUUAACACAGCCACUGCAAUUCUGCGAGGGCUGAUAUGGAUGCUCCUACGCCAGCAAAAGUCGCUUAUGCAUCAUCUAGACAUAUUCAAAGACCUCGGAUUGACGCUCUUCGAGGCCCGUACAGCCUUCUACAACUUGAAGAAAAUUCUUCAAUGUAUGCUCGAGGACCCAGCCUUGGAAAGAGCAUAUCUUGUCAUUGAUGCUCUAGAUGAGUGCAAGAAGGAGGAGCCGGGUCAGCAGCAGCUCUUGGAGCUGAUUUCCGAGAUGUCAGCAAAGAACAACAAGGUGAAGUGGCUUGUGUCUAGCCGGAACGAGCGUGAAAUAGAAGCAGUUCUGGAGGAGGAUCCGACGAGAGCAAGGCUUUCUCUCGAGUUAAAUGCCGCGUCUGUGGCCGGCGCUGUCAACGUCUACAUCGACUAUAAGAUGUCUCAACUCGCUGAAAGGUACCAAAAGGCCUAUGCGGCCAGGAACAACCCCAAGAUUCGCGAGAAACGCCAAAGAGUCCAAGGUAGCGUUGCCAAAGAACUUCGCCAGAAGGCUGACGGUACCUUCCUCUGGGUCGCCCUGGUAUUCAAGCAAAUUGAAGGCUGCGGAGCAGACAAGGUCCUUGAACGCGUGAAGCAGAUGCCCUCUGACUUACACAGCAUGUACACUCAGAUGAUGCGCCAGGUAGACAUCCGAGACGAUGCUGCAGACUGCAAAAAGGUGCUCUUGGCCGUCGUCAACGCCUACCGUCCACUUCACUCGUCAGAAUUGGCGACGCUUGCCGGAUUAUCAGAUCUAGCCAUCCAUGAAGACAUUGUGAGACAUUGUGGCCUCCUUACUAUCAAAGAGGACGAUGAAACUGUCUACUUCGUCCACCAGUCGGCGAAAGACUACCUCACCCAAGAUCCAAGUUCAGACCUCCUCAAGAUCUUCCCUCUAGGGUAUGCUGAAGGACAUCGUACGAUUGUGUCGCGGUCGCUCGAGGCCAUGUCCACAAUUCUGAAAAAGGAUGUCUAUGCACUGCAGCACCCUGGUUUUCCUAUUACAGAUGUCGAAAAUCCCAUUCCCGAUCCACUGAAUCCAAUUCGAUACGCUUGUGUCUACUGGGUCGACCAUCUCUGCGAAAUCCAGGAAAUUGGGGAUGUGGCUGCGAUCGAUGUCUUUAUGAAAGACCAUUUUCUGCACUGGUUCGAGGCUCUGAGCCUUAUCAAGAGUACUUCGAAAGGGGUGCUUGCAUUGCAUAAGCUCGUUAAUUUGUUAGAGGUCAUUGCAUCCCAGCCUCAGCUCCUCCACCUCGCUCGCGAUAUGUAUCGCUUUGCUCGGUCUUUUAGUGGAAUCAUUGAGCAGGCUCCUCUUCAGAUAUAUUCAUCCGCACUUAUUUUCAGCCCGGCUCACUGUCUGACCCGAGAUCAUUUCAAAAGCAAAGAGCCGGAUUGGAUUACUCAAAAACCCUCUAUAGAAGAGAACUGGAGCGCUUGCAUCUCGACGCUCGAGGGCCAUAGCGCUCGGGUUAGUUCUAUCGCCUUCUCGCCUGACGGCCAGCAUAUCGCUUCAGGGUCAGAUGAUAGGACUAUCAAGAUCUGGAAUGCAGAGAGCGGCGCCUGCAUCUCGACGCUCGAGGGCCAUAGCGAUUGGGUUAGAUGUAUCGCCUUCUCGCCUGACGGCCAGCAUAUCGCUUCAGGGUCAGAUGAUGGGACUAUCAAGAUCUGGAAUGCAGAGAGCGGCGCCUGCAUCUCGACGCUCGAGGGCCAUAGCGCUUGGGUUAGAUGUAUCGCCUUCUCGCCUGACGGCCAGCAUAUCGCUUCAGGGUCAGAUGAUGGGACUAUCAAGAUCUGGAAUGCAGAGAGCGGCGCCUGCAUCUCGACGCUCGAGGGCCAUAGCGAUUGGGUUAGAUGUAUCGCCUUCUCGCCUGACGGCCAGCAUAUCGCUUCAGGGUCAGAUGAUGGGACUAUCAAGAUCUGGAAUGCAGAGAGCGGCGCCUGCAUCUCGACGCUCGAGGGCCAUAGCGCUUGGGUUAGAUGUAUCGCCUUCUCGCCUGACGGCCAGCAUAUCGCUUCAGGGUCAAGUGAUGGGACUAUCAAGAUCUGGAAUGCAGAGAGCGGCGCCUGCAUCUCGACGCUCGAGGGCCAUAGCGCUCCGGUUAGUUCUAUCGCCUUCUCGCCUGACGGCCAGCAUAUCGCUUCAGGGUCAGAUGAUAGGACUAUCAAGAUCUGGAAUGCAGAGAGCGGCGCCUGCAUCUCGACGCUCGAGGGCCAUAGCGAUUGGGUUAGAUGUAUCGCCUUCUCGCCUGACGGCCAGCAUAUCGCUUCAGGGUCAGAUGAUGGGACUAUCAAGAUCUGGAAUGCAGAGAGCGGCGCCUGCAUCUCGACGCUCGAGGGCCAUAGCGCUUGGGUUAGAUGUAUCGCCUUCUCGCCUGACGGCCAGCAUAUCGCUUCAGGGUCAAGUGAUGGGACUAUCAAGAUCUGGAAUGCAGAGAGCGGCGCCUGCAUCUCGACGCUCGAGGGCCAUAGCGCUCCGGUUAGUUCUAUCGCCUUCUCGCCUGACGGCCAGCAUAUCGCUUCAGGGUCAGAUGAUGGGACUAUCAAGAUCUGGAAUGCAGAGAGCGGCGCCUGCAUCUCGACGCUCGAGAUUGGCAGCGCAGUUUGCCAGUUGAGAUUUGACUCCACCGGUUCUAAUCUCCACACAGAUAUUGGAAUGAUCGCUUUGGAAUCGGAUAUAGCUAUAUCGCAACCCGCAAUUACUUUUCGGCAGCUAAAGCAAUGUGGUUAUGGUAUGAAUUCUGACCGCUCAUGGAUUGUAUUAGAAGGUUGCAAAUUACUUUGGCUGCCAAAGGACUUUCGGCCGACUGCUUUUGAUGUGUUGCAAAGGACUAUAUGUGUUGGAUGUUCAUCAGGUCGAGUUUGGAAUAUCAGGUUUGAUUUGGAAAAUCAGGUUUGAUUAGAUUAAUUUGCUCCAGUAUUUCAUUACUCUCAUUAACGC